GCAGCUCCGGCUUCCCUUCCAAGCCGGCUGCCCCCAAAAGACCAAAACCCUCUCAAUAUCCCACUGCUCCCCCGCCGCCGCCGAGCAUCACCAUGGCGCUGGCGCUGGCGCGGCGGCUGCUCCGCCUGCGCCCCCACCACGGCAUGAUCCCCCUCCCUUCCCCCACGCCCCCGCGCCUCCUCCCGUCGCGCACCUACAUCGCCGACAUGCGCCGCUCCGCCUUCCACGACCGCCUCCUCCGCUCCCUCCGCUCCGAGAUCUCCUUCCUCGCCGACUCCGCCCCGCAGACGCAGGUGCCGGAGCCGGCGCCACCCGCGCCCUUCUCCGUCGACGACCGCCCGGGCGAGCAGUGGGUCUGCCUGCGCCGCGCGUUCCUUGCGUCCGAGGGCGGCAAGGCGGAAAGGGAGGAAGAGGAGGUCAGGGUGGACGCCACCUUGGUCGACGGCGCGCUGCCGCCCACCCGCUCGGGCGCGGACACCGGCGGCCCGCCCAGGCUGCACAUCAGCGUCAAGGUCGAGGUCGCCAAGGCCGCGCGGCCCGGGGUGGCGCUCACCUUCGAGUGCUCCGCGUGGCCCGACGAGAUGGAGGUGCAGAGGGUCUUCCCCAUCCGCCGCGGCGGGCCGGCGCCGGUGCAGCAGUACGUGGGCCGCCAGUUCAGUGAGUUAGAUGAGGAGAUGCAAAGCGCGGUGCGAGAUUACUUGGAGCAAAGAGGAGUGAAUGAUGACCUUGCAGCAUUCCUGCAUUCGUACAUGGAAAACAAGGAGCACGCUGAACUUAUCAGAUGGCUGAAGAACGUUGAGUGUUAUAUCAAAAAAUGAGCAUUCUGAGUUCCAUUAGCUAGUUUGUCUUACAACACUUAGCUCCCUUUGAUCAUCAUCAUGGCACUUUGGUAUUACUAUUGUCAUUUGAAGUUUAUUUUGUUAUGGAAGAUAUGCAAAGCAUCUUUUACUGUCUA